AUCGAACCGAAUGUAAACAACCUACAUGUAUGGUUUCCACGUAAAACCAAUAAUUUGACAUAUUUCACAUUAAUGGUUGGAAGAUACCUUUUAUACACUUGCUUGGAAGAAACAGAGCUUCACAUAGUCGCAGGUUGGGUGGCACUAUUUAUGCUUGUUUUAAAUUGCUCAAUUUAAAAACUUCCGGAACAGACCGAGUUGCAAGUCAGUUGGAAUCACAGAAUGCCUGCCAAUGCAAUAGUUACGAUACGAUAUGGCUACGAGUCAUGUGGUCUAGUUGAACACAGAUUGUCACGGCUUGAAGGACUAGAAGAUUUUUUGACUGCUGACGGACAUCAAGUUGUUCUUGAGAAAAUUGAUGAUUGGAACGUGGUGGAAUUAAUUGUAAAUGGUGAAUUAAUUUAUCAGUGUGACCAGCGAGAGUUAGAUUAUGGUGGUGAUGGACAGCUUGAUAAACUCUGUCAUGCAGCACUUGACGCUGUUAGGAAAGCUUAUUAGCAGCGAUAAAACAUCACAAAUUUUAACAAAUUAUGUUUAAAAAAAAUGUUUAUUAACUUACAUAUGCUAAAUGGCUUGGUGGAUUUCAUAACUUUUGUACAUAUUUUAUUUCAACACAUUUUGUAAAACGUUAGACCUAUAGAUAAUAAAUGCCUGUGAUUUUAUUUGAAGCCAAAA